UACGAAUCAGCUCCUGGUCUUUCCGAGGCUUUUGGUCAGUCGAACUACAUUCGUUCAAAUCUCUUCUCUUCUCAAUCCCCCGCUCUCCACUCAACCCUCAGCCUACACACAAAAUGCUUUCGUCCGUCUCCCGAGCUCUUCUUAGGACCCGACCCGUCGUUGCGGCUCCUCUCCGCCCUGUCGCUUUUACCGCUGUCCGCUUCGCUUCCGGGGGUGCUCACGGCAAUGAGACCGAGUCUUACGAGUCUUUCAACGCUCGAUACGAGACCUUCUUCAAGUCUGUCUCUGACCUUUUCGAGCUUCAGCGAGGUCUCAACAACGCCUUUGCCUACGACCUUGUCCCUUCUACUGAAGUUAUCAACGCUGCUCUUCAGGCUGCUAGGAAGGUCAAUGACUAUGCUACCGCUGUGAGGAUCUUGGAGGGUGUUAAGGAAAAGGUUGAGAACAAGGGACAGUAUCAAGCAUACUUGGACGAGCUUAAGCCUACAAUUGAGGAGCUUGGCAUCAGCACUAAGGAAGAGUUGUACGGUCAAACCCUCUAAAUGUAAUCAUCUGGUUAUGAGGGAGAUGCAAAACAACUAUAAGGCAUGACUACCACUGAUCAUUAUCGUCAAGAUGAAAUGUAAAAAAGCAAUGACUGGUACGGCUUUGUUGAUUAUAUCUCUUCGCAGCUUUCGAAUAAGCAGGAGCUACAUGACCCUCAGCUAACAGACUUUAACGUUUUGUACCACUGGUGGAACACUUGCAGGUUUGUUCAAAGGACGGCAUCGUUAUCGAAAUGCUUGCGUUGCCCUAUAAGUCGCUGUUGAAUAAUGGUGUUGUUGGUGGGCCAAUCAAGAGGAUCCUCAAUCCCAAAAUAUAUUUGCCCUAGGCUCCCACCCUUGACUUUCAAUGUCGUGGCGUGGCCAAUUGGGUCGCCGCCCUGACGAUCUUUACUAUAAUCGGAAUCUUUUGUACUGUCACUAGACCGGCGGGGUACAAGUGGUCUAAAAUGUUGGCACAUGGUACAUGUAAAGAAGAAGGGAAGCCGAGAUCCCUACAUGUGAACUGCUGAACUGUUGUCCAUGGGUUUGCACUUUGAGAAAGAAGUCAGAUGUAUAAUGUAAGAUUGUGGAGUGUGCUCGUCACGUUGGAUAGGAGCCUUAGUACGGAGAAGAAAAUCAAUGAUUAUCAGAGCAAUGUGGACCACAAAAGCUGUAAUACGACGGUAGAAAGGGAAACGGUUUCAGGGACUGCUAAUUAUACUCCACAUUUCUGCAGUUCUUAUGACUACCGGAAUGACCUAUCAGCUCCUUCACUCU